AAUGCCGUUAACAGGAAAGGCCCGCUGAAGAAUUCCCAUAUAAAUCCCUCCAUUCUCUCUCUCGCUCUCUCCUCUUUCGCUUUGUGUGUAAAACCCAGAACCAGCAAUGGUGCACAAGCCAAGCAGAGCUUUGGUGUUGUACGGCGAUGGGUUGGCCCACUUCGUCUAUUCAUCUCAUGCCUAUAUCCACUCUCUAGCAUCCAAAGCUGCCUGCGGCUUCUUGAGCCUCCCCAGUGCCCCUCCUUCAGAUUGCAGAAAGCGAGGAUGAGAGGAUAGUCAGGGAGAUUACAAAUCUGCUGUAUGCAUAUGAAGCUUGUCAAGACAUGGUUCAUGGGAACGAAGGCUGCUAUUAUCACAAAUAGUCCUUGCUUGAAACCUUUUGGCAGAAAACUUGGCUUCACUGUGUUGCAAUUCAGUGAUUUAAAUGGAAAUGAUGGUUCACUUUCUGGAACAUCAGUUGAUUGUGUGACCUCUGAGUUACUGAAGUUGCUUGGAUUUCAAGAGGGUGGGACUAUGGAGACGAGUCAAUUUGAUUUUGUACUUGUGCACAUUGGGGCUGGUGAAAGAGUGAAUAGUGAGAGAGGCAGUGAUGUUAUAAGUGAUGCAGAAUAUGUAAAUGCUCUGGUAGGUGGUGUAAUGAACACAGCACAACCUAGUUCAGAAAUUAGUUCCCGCCUGCACUUGUCUCUUGUAAUGAGCUAUGGAAAUGCCAGAGAGAUCGGUACCAAUUUAUUAGUUCUGGCUUCUAAAUGUGAAAUGAACUCUGACCUUUCGAUGCUUGCCCCUCGUCAAAGUUACACAAUGAAAGGAGAAAAGCCACGGACUGAUGUUAGGUAAGAUAGAUAACAAAAAUAUAGUGGAUUAUCAUACUACUUUCCAAUUUUUUUGGAUACAUCUAACUUGUGAA